CAUAUUUAAUAAAUUAAAUAGUUACUUUUAUUUAUAUAUUUAAAAAAACUAAUUUAUAUAUUUAUGACUAUUAAUGUACUAAUAAAUAUAUCAUUAGUUUAGAGACGAAGUAAAAUAUCCGCACAUAUUUUAUACUUAACUUUCCCGUACCCCAUUUUACUAACUACGAUCCGAAGACCGUCCGGGAUAUGUGAUAAAUUUAACCAAACGUUAUAUGUAAAUUGACCUGAAUUAAUAAAUUUACUUCCAUUUAGAUGAAUCACUUAUUUCAUUCAGCCAUAUCACUAAUUGGAAUUCAGAUAAUUCUAUCCAUUUCCCCUAAUAGUUUGAAACUUCCAUCACGAGGGAUUCUAUAAGCAAAAUGUGGAAACGGAAACAGUGAAUUAGAAGAAUUGGGAAUGCACUAAGAAGUGCCAAAAACUGGGGGUGCAACUUAUUGAAUCUGCCCAUCUAAGGGAAGCACCAUUAGAGAAAGCUUAGGCUGGUAGGCAGGGUGCCGGCAGAUAUGGGUUUUCCUUGGAAAUUGGUGAAAGGUCACUCUCUAAUUUCCUACACCAUUUGUAUCAAGAAAUAUGCAGUCUCGUCAGAAAUCUGGCACAACCAACACAACAUGUAACAAUACACAACCUAACAAGUACUAACAACAUAAUAAUACUCAACCUUUAACUAGGCUUGCUUUUUUUUUUUUUUUUUUUUGCCCCAAUCGAAUUUAACCUUUGAAGAUGUUCUCGUCCUCCCUAGAUUAUUAGGUGUGUUGACAUACAUGUAGAGAAGUAAUAUUCAAGAAAGUAUCAACCUGAAGCAAUGCAUCAAGCGGACGAGAGAUGAUACAGACACGUCGAAAGUUAUGAGAAUUUGAACUCAAUUUCUCUCGUUUUGUUGUAUGUGUAUUGGUUGUCCUUCAUUAUCAACAUUCGCGAUGGUUGAUUAAAAGAGUUCAUUUUUUCGAAAUCUUGUUUCACUUGAAUUGGAUGAAGUACAUAUUGAUAAUGUCAAUAUAUUGUAGUGUUUCUCUAUCAAGACAGUAAUUUUUUUAUUUAUGUGAAAUAAAUAAUGUCAUGUAAAUCAAGAAUGAUUACCCUCAACCAAAUCAUAGGUUCGAAUUUUCGGCCUAACAUCAUUGAAAUGAAACAAUUUGAUGAUUGAGGGACUAAUAAUUGAAUAAUUGAUUGCUAAUGGUUUCCGUUUCUCUAUCUUGAACCAUAAUCAAUCGUAAAAUAGAAGAGGAAAUCAGAAACCGGAUAAGGAACAGAAGAAAAAGAAGGCACUUGUCUCGCACACAACAGAGCAGCAGAGAGAACAAAGGCAAGGGGAUUCCACACAUUCCAGUGAAGUGGACGCGAAGCAAAGAAGCUUUCUUCCACAUCUCCUUUUUGCAUAUUUUCCUUCCUCACAAGAACUGCGACUUCCCAACCCACAAGAACGUCGUUUUCAGUCUCCUCCAACUUUCUUUAUAAGAAGUAAGAACUCCCUCCCGCCACAAAGUUCUCUGCUCCUUUUCUGCCCCCCUGAAAGUGAUGGGAAGCGACGGCGGAGCAGCGGCGGGGAUGACGAAGCGCGCGGAGGUGGAUACUCGGCAGCCGUUCCGGUCGGUUAAAGAGGCCGUCACGUUGUUCGGCGAGAAAGUUCUGGCCGGGGAGCUCAUGUACUCCGACAAGAUUAAACAGAUGCAGACGGGACCAUCGGAGUUGGAAGAAACGAAGCAAAGCCUGGAGAAAGCCAAAGAGGAAAGCACCCUCAUGGCAAACUCCAUCUCCCUCCUCCGACAAGAGCUCGAGAAAACGAAGCAAGAGCUCCGGCAGCUGAAACAGAGGGAAGGAGUCAAGACGAAGCAAUCGACGGCUCCGAUUCGGCAGCCCGAGAUCAACGGCCAGGACGUGAGAGUCGUGGAACCAACAAGGUCGUCGUCAUCAUCGUCCUCCUCGAACAAUAACACUAGUGAAUUAAGUCGUCGUCAUCCUGAGGUAAUGGAGUUCCAGAAGAAAAGGUUCGUGACGUUUGCUAAUCCGCCAUCUCUAGCUCAGGUCAUGGUUCCUCCAACGAUCGAUCACCAUCACCAGACGCUGGAGAGACAUCCUUCGCUGAGGAGGAAGAAGAAGAAGCCGUUGAUUCCUUUGAUUGGAGGCUUCUUCUUCUCCUCCAAGAGAAAGGGGCAUCACGAAGUUGCUUGAUUGUGAUUGUGUAAUUUGACUAAUUUCUUCCAUUGUAAGAUGAUGAUGACUUCCCAUUUUGGACAUUACUUAUGGCUUAAUUUGAAAUCACAGUCACUAAUAAUAAGUUCAGGAAGAAAUGAGAGAUACAAAUUAAUAAUGUUAUCUUACUACCCUGUAGUAGUAUUGCAAAACAAGGGUUUCAGGGUUUCAUCUGGCAUUAUGAGUUAUGAAUCAUCCAUCAGAUUUGUUGUACCUUGUGUUAUCAUGAGUUAUCACUAUUAAUGUUAAGUUAUUGACAAACAUUAUACUAAUAAAAACAGAUAAAACCAUUGAAAUAAAUCGAGUUAGUAGGUAUGUUUUCAGAAUGAAAAUGAACAUUGUUUAUUCUUCCCCACAUCGAUGAGAGGCCAUUGUCAAGCUACCGAAAGCAUCGUCCAAGUACCAAAUUGCCACUGAAAGGGACCGCCUUAAUCAAAGUACUCCUUAGUUCAAUGUUUAGUUACACUAAUCCACUCACUUUUGUUGUUUUUUAGCUUCAUUUAAUUUAAGAUGAGUACUCUUUAACUGCAGAGAUCGAUACUUUUAACACAGAACUUCGACAUAUUGAUCGCCUCAUGUCCCACUUGUGUAGCAAACAACAACAUGUUGUUUUGAAUUGGCUUUUGUAAACGUUUAGUGGUUUUCCUCAUUUAAAUAAAACCCAAUUCUCACUUGUGAAUUCAAGCCAACGGAGAACAAACUUGGUGUGCGUGAAAGUAAUGCAAUUGAAGUGAUAAAAAUCCUAGAUUUGACUAGUAUCGUAUUCCACAAGGUCUUCUAAUAAUAACUACUCAUAACCAAUUAUCUAAUAUUCAAACAAAGAUACAACAAAAAUUGAUUGGAUGAGAUUCCUUAUGUUUAGUGAUUUUCAAGAUAAAGCAUAAAAACAAAAACUAAAUGAAAAAAAUAAUUAAAGGAUACACAAUUGAUGAGCAUACAUCUCAAUCUCAAUAAUAGUAUGCAUCGAUGCAUCUUCUAUCAUGCAACCACCCUUCAACUAAAGCAUUCUUAAUAUCUUUCACCACAUGUGAAGGAAAUAUAACUAUGGAUUGGUCGGACCCAAUGUAGUAAUAAUCUGAUAGCUAAUAAGACGAACAGUAGCAGAGAGAGUUUCAGGCCUAAAGGAUGAAGCGACAUGAGAUGCUAGAAGAAGUGCACAGGUAACCUCUAAACGCAUGUAUGUUUUUACGUUCUACAAGAGCAUUUUGCUAGGAAACUAGGGACAAUACUUGUAAGUAAGAAUGCCAAGAGAAUUAUACGAGUUCAUACAUGGCGGCUGAGACAAACCAAAACCACCUCGGUCAUGAGGAGAUAAUGGCAAUACAAAACAUAAUGGUAGUACAGAACGACAUAUUAAUCUGGAACCCUAGAUAUCACGUGAAGACGUGAAGAUAACAUAUUGUAGAGAGACAACCGUAAGAACUUGUACAUGUGGAAAGCAUAUCUGAAAGGAGAACAGAUCUCUGGUGCUUUGACAGAAGGACAAAGCUUCGGUCUCAUAAGCUUCUGCUUGGUUUUGUACUAUAUGACGCACAAUGACUUUUGCAAAUAUUCUUGUCUCACAAAACAUAUAAAUAAAAAACAGUGGAGUAUAUAUAAAUUAAGAAAUAAUAUUAUGCUCAAAUUAAGUUUUCCAUUGAUAAUAUGAGAGAAUUGUCACACAUUGAAGUAUAAUAAAAAAAAUAAAAUUUGAAAUAAGAGGACUUCAAUUGUGGAAAUUAAAUAAGAUGUAUUUGAAAAAUUAUCAUCAUUAGUGAUUAUAUUUCCCAUCAAGAUUAAUAAUAAAAUAAUAAUAUACAUGUAAUCUAUUAUAAUUAACUUACAACGGGCAAUGUAGUUAAAAUUCGGAUUUUGAUCUUAAAAUCUUACGAUUUUAUGAUCUUACCCAUGAGUUCCAAUCCUGAUUUUACUGUAAAAUCUUUGAACCUUAAAAUCCCAAAAAAUCAGGAUUUAAAACUCUAAAAUCCUUAAAAUUUACGAUUUCUACGAUUUUGUACGAUUUCAAGGUUCAUAUCAAUUGGAGCAAAAUUAGGCCGGUCAAGUCGGGUUGUUCCCGUGAACCGAGUCAAGUUUACUUACCCCAACCCAACAUAAUGAACAACACAACCCUAACCCGAUAAACAACCCUCACUUUAUUUUCAUUCUCUUCCUCGUAUCUUCUUCUUUCGCACGUCGACGCCCAACUCUUUCCAUCAAUGAUAUCUUCCACCCUCCCAAUUAGAUUGUAGCUUGUUCCCGCCACCCUCACAAUAAUUCAAAUCUCCAUUCCAUUGCAAGCUUUCGUUCAUCUCUCAAUCCUACAACACCACUAAUCCCGACCUUUUAUCAAAUAAUAAGGGAAUGCAUCAAUCAAUGAGUUAUCUUUGCCAGAUGAUGGUGAUAAAGGAAAUAUGGUUAAUGGUGAAAGUACUUCAAGUGAUCCUAAGAGUAAUGAUAUUAGCCCUCAAGCAAAUAGACAAGGAUGAGAGUGAGGGUGAAGGUGAGGACGAUGACGAUGAUGUGUAAGUGAUGUUAAUGUUGAUCCUAAUAUGUGAUUUUCUACUCUUAACUAUUAAUUAAGUGAUUCUAUAAAAAAACUAUUAAUUAAGUGAUUUCUACGAGGUUUUAGGUUGCUUAUUUGUGUGUUUAUAUUAUGUACAAGAAUAAAUAUACGGAUUUAAUUGUGUUUAUUUAGCAAACAAACUUAUAUUGGGAAGUAAUUAUGUUUUAUGUGGUUGAUUGUUAUUCAGGAUAUGAAUUUUUAUUACAAUAUGGUAUUUUAAGUGUGUAUUUUAAUAUGAACCUUAAAAUCUUAUGAUUUUACGAUUUUAAUCUACGAUUCCGAUUAUACCUCAGUUUUUAAUUUUACUUAAAAUCUUGAUUUUGACUGCAUUGACAACAGGUAUAGUUUAUAGGAAUGACUUUUGCUACUUGGAUCAUCGUGCCAUCGCUAUUUGUAAUCCUCCUUUCCUUUAUUUUUCUCUCUCACUUCAAGUGAAAAGAUAAAUAGUUGUUAUCUCACUUCAUUCACUUCCAAAAAUGGUUUAUUGCAUUCACUACCAGAAAUGAAAGAGAUCUUUUUGGACAAAUUAAUUGCUUUUGUUAUCAUAAAUUCAAUACCAUUUUCAACUUAAAUUAUAAGAAAUUAACUUAAACCUUAUAAAAGUUCAUUCAUAACAUUGCUACUACAUGAGCAAAUAUAUGCAAAAUAAUAAUAAUAAUAAUAAUAAUAAUAAUAAUAAUAAUAAUAAUAAUAAGUCUUGCUAUUAAUGAACAAGAUACUUUAGCAUACGACAAGUACACGACUAGUAACAUUUUUCACCAUACCAAUUACACAUAUCUUAAAUAUUUCUGUAAGCAUUUGCACUUUGUUCAUUAACGAUUUUUCUUUCAUGUUUCCACUUCUUAGAAAAAGAUCGACUCUUCAACUUUUUAUUUUCUACAUGUUAAUAUAUGAAUUGAAAAGCAUGAGAUGACACAUAUAAAUCGAGAAACCAACAGAAUAUUCAUACAACUCCUGUUGCUUUGCUUGGAUACUAAUUUGGUAAGUGUUAAUCAUCUAACUGAUUACUCUUGUGAAUGAAGCAUGUCCUAGAAUGUGAAGUUAAGUUGAUGAUUGAUAACAUCGUAUUUGCACAUGUUUGCACCCUCGUUUCUUGAUCAUUUUGGCUCGAAUUUGUUCUUUCUUGGACUAUUUUUAUGCUAGGUUGUGUUCCUUUGUCACAUUUCAGGUCCUAGCAUGUAAAUUGAAGCAAAGGCGCAAGUUUCAAGUCAAUCGGAAUUCAUUUGGCAAUUCGGGAGAAGAAACACGAGCAUGACCUGAGGAAGAAUGAACUUCUACCUCAUAUUAUGGACAAAUAAUCAUGUAAUCUUGUCAUGAAAAGAUAGAGGACAAGACUACGAGCGUCUGGGAUCAAACGGCGACUGAUUCGGAGUCCGGACGAGGGAGAAACGAAGCUGUGAACAGGAGCGGAGGAAGAAUUACGGGCAGGAGAAUUACGACCGUAUUUUCCCCUCCCAUGCCCGUAUUUUCACUGCCGAGAGGAGAUUUGGGUGCGCUGAAACUUAACCAAAACGCGUGUUUUGGGAAAAAUACGGGCAUGGAAGAAUUACGACCGUAAUUCAGCCCGUAAUUCGCCCAGAAUCGGGUUUUUGAGGCAGAUUCGAGCCAAAGGAAAGGGAGAGCUGGGUUUUGGUUCCCAAACACCCAAGGGACGAACCCUAGAGAGAGAGAGUGACUUGGGAACAUUCUUGAAGCUAUUUUGGAGGAUUUCUUCACCAUUGGAGCUCGGGAAUCAAGCUUGGAGAUGGAGAUUGAAGAUCUAGAUCAGAUUUCUGCAGUCUCUCUCUUCUCUAUGGAGUAACUUCCUUUCACUUAGGUUUUGAGGAACCCUAGUUCCAUGUGUUAGGAUCUUUCUUGUAUGAAGUUUUGGAUGCUAUAUUGUUUGAUUAUAAUCGAUUGAGGCAUGAUUUAUAGAGUCAAUUGAAGCCUGAUCAUCUUCUCUUGAUUUCUGCUUUAACCUAUCAUAGAUAGAAUCUGAUUAGGUUAAGAGAGCUUCCUUGAUUGAUAGUGGUGAAUUGGUUGUGCGAGAGUCAAUCAAUUUCACUGCUUUGUACUGGAAUUCAUUCCAGUAGUGGAGAUCUGUGUGAAUUGCCUUAGCAGUCUAUCCUGGUGAAGGCUAGUCGCCUGCCGGGUAUUCUGUCUAAGAGGGCUUGGUCAGCUUAAGAGAUUCCAAGCUAAUUUAGGAUCUUCCGCAGUUUAAUCAACAGUAGAUCAACCAAAGGUAAUUGCAACUUGGACCUAAUUGAGGAGCUAGGGGUAAUCAUACCUAAGUGAGUUCCCAACUUGUAAUUAGUAGAGUAGUUUACAAAUCAAUCCUUAAUCUAGUUUGCUAGAUAAUGAACUGAAGCUGAGUAAUAGUAACUCUAGAGACCCGUGGAUUCGAUAUUUAUUACUUGUGCCACUAUACUGCAGUCCCUUUCAUUGGUUACACUUGGCCAUUGUUAGGUGUUGUGUUUUAGCGAGUCAAUGAUAAAUGUAAGAGAAGAUUCAAAGACAAAAAAAUAACAAUGAAUCUUUGCUAUGCUG